GCGGGCUGGCUGCGGAGCAUCUCGGCCCGGCGCUACAAUCAGCCGGGCGGGGAGCGCAGCCCCGCGGGCCGCCCGGCGCCCUGCUCCAGCCUGGCCCCGAUCCCUGCGUCCCCCCCCCGGCCAGCCCCGGGGCCAAGGGGCCGGAGGCCAGGGGGAUGGCCGCAGCGGGCUCUGCUCAGGUGGCGUUCGAGGACGUGGCGGUCUAUUUCUCCCCAGAGGAGUGGGCGGCGUUAGCGGAAUGGCAGAGGGAGCUGUACCGGGAUGUGAUGAGGGAGAACUACGAGCUGGUCACCUCGCUGGGGUGGCCUGCUGUCAAACCAGAGAUCAUAUGUAAAAUUGAGCAAGAAGAAGAGCCAUGUGUUGGAGACCCUCCACAUCCCAGAGAGUGGGGGACCCCCCAAAGCUUCUGGGCAGUAGAUGAUGGAAUCAGGAUUAAAAAGGAGGAGCAGGAGGAAGACACCGAGACCCCGGAACCUCCCAGUGCAUUCUCGGGAAAGCUGGAGGAAGAGAGCAGCCCACCGCGGUGUGUGAAGAAGAAGAGCAGCCUGGCUCAAAGCAAAUCCCGCCAGAAGCUGCGAAGCCACGUGGCCAAUGCUCAGGACAAACCCCCGAGGGCUCCUCCCCCAAAAGCCUCUCUAAAGAAGAUUCCCCCGACGUGUCCAGAGUGCGACAAAAGCUUCAAGAGUAACACGGCCCUGACCAUCCACGAAAGGAGUCACACAGGGGAGCGGCCCUUUAAAUGCCCUGAGUGCGGGAAGGGCUUCCCAUCCAAGGGGGACCUGAAGAGACAUCAGAAAACCCACGUGGGGAAGAAGGAUGCUGCCCCCGAGAGAGGGAGGAGCCUUCCUGAGAAGCUGCAGCUCCUCAGGCACCAGAGAAGCCCUCAGGCACCCAAGAGGCCGCACACGUGCGCUCAGUGCGGGAAGAGCUUCAACAAGAGCCGAGACCUCCGAAAGCACCAGCGCACCCACACGGCGGAGAGGCCGUUUCUCUGCCUGCAGUGCGGGAGCAGCUUCCGGCUCAAGCAGAUCCUUGUGUCCCACCAGAAAGUGCACAGGGGAGUGAAGCCAUUCCAGUGCUCGGACUGCGGGAAGAACUUCAGCCAGAAGCACCAUCUCUUGAGCCACCAGCGCACCCACACCGGGGAGAAGCCCUUCUCCUGCACUCAGUGCGGGCACAGGUUCAGCCAGAAGCACCAUCUAAUCAGCCACCAGCGCAUCCACACGGGGGAGCGGCCUUUUGCCUGCACCGAGUGCGGGAAGAGCUUCAAGGACAAGAAAACCCUCAUCAUCCAUGAGCGGAUCCACACAGGCGAGAGGCCCUACAGGUGCAACGAGUGCGGGAAGACCUGCAGCCAGAAGCAGCACCUGAAAAGCCACCAGAGGGUCCACAGGGGCAAGAGGCCACGUGGCGAAGGGGGGGAAGGCCUGGAGGAUGGGGUGGGUUUCUGCCGCCAGAAGGUCCAGGCAGAGGAGAAGCCGUAUCAGUGUGCGGAGUGCGAGAAACGGUUCCGGGACGAGCGGAUAAUGCUGGCGCACCAGAGAACCCACACUGAGCAGGCGCCGCUGAAGAGCACCCGGACAGGCGCCAGUCGGAGCCCACAGCCCGUGGUCCAGCAAAAGCCCUUCGCCAGCACCCCACAGUGCAGGGCAAACGAGAGCCAGAAGCCGCCUCUUAGAGCCCGCCAGGGAACCCCGGCUGGAAAGAGACCUUUUGUGUGCAAUGAGUGUGGGAAGAGGUUCGUGCAGAGCAGACACCUUGUGCGACAUCAGAGGAGCCACACGCGCGUCCAGGACCCCAGGGCCGGCCAGCCCGGCUGCACAGCGUCCCGGCAGCAGAAACACGCCUCGGGCCUCCUGCUCCCUCCCAGAGAAGCGAGACACGUGCACAAGCCCCGCUCCCCCGGGGCAGGUCCCCCUCGGGCCGUGUGGAAGCGGCGGGCGGGUACGAGAUGGGACGGAGGGGCUUUCCCCGCUGCAGCAGCCCCGUCCCCAGGCAGGCGCCUGCGCUGCGCAGGGCCCCGGGGUGCGACCCUCGCUGCCGGCCGCCGGCCAGCCUGGGCGCGGGGCCCUGCUCGGCCCCAGCCGGGGAGCUCCGGGGCCAGGCGGGGGGAGGCGGCGCCGCGCUACGGGCUGCCGGGAGCUGUAGUUUUUUCUCCCUCCCGCCGCAGGGGGAUGCCCGGGUCCCCCCGCGCGGCGCCCCGGGAGAGCCGGAGACCUGCGCGCCCGAGCUCCGGCGGCGCCCCGGGGCCCGCUGCCCCCGCGCAGCGCAGCGCAGCCCCCGCGCCCCGCGCAGCGCAUCCUGCGCCCGGACCGCUCCCAGCCGGGGCGCGCCGCCCUCGGAGCCCGGAGCUCGCCGCGCUUUGUCCGACGCGCCUGCCCGGCCGAGCCCGGGGGACGAUGCCCCGCGGGGGCCGGGCGCAGGUGCCGGUGGCAUUUGAGGACGUCGCGGUCUAUUUCUCCCUGGAGGAGUGGGCGGAGUUAGCAGAAUGGCAGCGGGAACUGUACCGAGAUGUGAUGAAGGAGAAUUACAAGCUCAUCGCCUCUUUGGGGUGUCGGGGUGCCAAACCAGAGAUCAUCUGUCAGAUGGAGCGUGGGGAGGAGCCAUGUGUGGGGGAGCCCCAGGGCUGGAGAGAGAGGAGACCCCAGAGCCCCUGCUCAGCAGGUGUUGGCAUCACCAUUAAAAAGGAGGAGCAGGAAGAGGGAUGUCUUGGUCAGGAAGAUCCCGAAGCACUGGCACCACCAGGGACUGUGUCCGGAAUAAUGGGGGAGAAAGGUCUCCAGCUCUUGGGACUAAAGAGCUGCAAGAGCGAAAGCUUGUCCCGCCGGAAGCAAAGACCCCAGGCCGGAGACCCUCAGGGAAGACGAACCGGGAGGGUGCUAGAGAGGCCUCAUGCAUGCCCGGACUGCGAGAAGAGCUUCAAGGACAAGACAGCUCUGAUAAUCCACCAGCGGAUCCAUACGGGCGAGAAGCCCUUUCCCUGUGCUGAGUGCGGGAAGCGCUUCACACAGAAGCAGCACCUCACCACCCACCAGCGCACCCACACCGGGGAGCGCCCCUUCUCCUGCGCCCAGUGCGGCAGCAGCUUCCGGCUGCGGAAGGUCUUCCUGACCCACCAGCGGGUCCACGCCGGGGAGCUGCCCUUCACCUGCGGCGAGUGUGGGAAGAUCUUCAACCACAAGCACCACCUGACCACGCACCGCCGCACCCACACGGGCGAGCGCCCCUUCCCCUGCCCCCAGUGCGGCAAGCGCUUCACCCAGAAGCACCAUCUGCUGAGCCACCAGCGCAGCCACACGGGCAACCGGCCCUUCUCCUGCGCCCAGUGCGGGAAGAGCUUCAAGGACAAGACGCCGCUGAGCAUCCACCAGAUCGUGCACACCGGGGAGAAGCCCUUCUCCUGUGAGGCUUGCGGGAAGAUUUUCAGCCACAAGCACCACCUGGUGAUCCACCGGAGAACCCACACCGGGGAGAAGCCCUUCGCCUGCGCCGAGUGCGGCAAGCGCUUCACGCAGAAGCACCAUCUCGUCAGCCACCAGCGCAUCCACACCGGGGAGCGCCCCUUCGCCUGCUCCCACUGCGGGAGGAGCUUCAAGGACAAGAUCACCCUGAAGCUGCACGUCAGGCUGCACACCGGGGAGCGGCCCUUCGCCUGCGCCGAGUGCGGGGAGAGCUUCCGCCUCAGGAAGGUGCUGCUCACCCACCAGCGGGUGCACACGGGGCAGGCCCCGCUGAUAUGCGCCGAGUGCGGGAAGAGCUUCAGUCACAUGCAGCGCAUGGCCAUGCACCAGACGAGCCACCACGCCCAGCCGGGGCCGUUCCGGAGAGCUCAGCGCAGGGAGAGCUGCUCGGGGAAACCACAGCUCCUCGUGCCCCCGCAAGGCCAGCCCGCUGGCUGCUCGGCACACACAGCGACUGUCCAGCCGCAAGCACCUGGGGGUUCCCCCUGCCGAACAGGCAGAGUAAGUCCUGGGCCUGAGAAACCACCUUCUGCACAAUUAUACACGGAGCCGGCCCCGCGGGAUCGCCCAGAAGAAACCAUCUGA